AGCCUUCUCACACUCGUCACCUGAGACACUUCCGGGUUGGUGAUCUUCCGAUCACAUCUCGUGACAGAUUUUAUUUACCAGUAGCCAAACUGCUGCUGGAGAGAGACCCGUAACAAGAACGGCUACUUCAUGGGGCCAGAGUCUGAGCCCCAGCCCCAGGUGAAGCUGAACAUGCCUUUUCGGAGACAAUUCUUUAGUUAAAGUUGCCGUGAAAAACAAACCAUGUGGAGAGUUCAAGGUUUUGUUGGAAGAGUUCUGCACCGAUGCCAUGGCAGCACCCCCCUGCGACUUCCCCAGAACCAGGGGCAGUCUCAGGGACUGGGGGAGGUUGAGGUCAUCAACAGCUCAGCUGUCCUCUCCAGCUCACGACACACCUCCGACAUCAGCGCUCAGAAAGAGGAGAAUGGAAGGAGGAGGAAGAAACAGAGGAGCUUUCAGUUCGGCUAUGCUGAGCUCCCACGUUACACAGCCCUGGACGCUGUGGGAUGGGGUGCUGCAGCAGUUCUGUUUAUGCAGAUCUGCAGGAAGAUCCACUCCCAGUUCUCCUCAAGCACUGAGCCCAAUCCGAUCCCUGGAGCCCUGACAGCACCCUCCACUUUGCACAAGUGCGGCUACCGCAUCCUGCUGGAGAUCUUGUCUAGACGAGAUGUCCUGCCCAGAGGAAGCAGUGUGUUGUGUCUGCCGGUGGUGCCGGAGAGACACGACCAAGAUCAGUCUCUGGGCAGCAGUACAGGUGACGCUGUGAGCAGCGGUGAACAGGACCGUCUGACUGCUGACUGCUCCCUCUCUGACCAACAGAAGCCACUCCUGAACCAGGAUUCUACUAUACCUGAGGAAUCCCUUCUGUCAGCAUCCUAUCCUUUGCAGAACGAUGCUAACCAAGACAACACAGAGACUAAAGAUAAUAAUGACAAGGACAUGUCUGAUGAGGAGAGGUUGGCAGGAGCAGCAUUAAAUCUCAGACACGUGGGCGAAACCAGCAUUCCCGUUAUCCUUAACAUCAUCGGUCUACAAAGUUCCAAGAAUGAGAAGCACAAGGAAGCUUUUACUUGUUUUGUAGCUGCAGCUCAGCAGGGUUACGGCAAGGCCCAGUUUAACACGGGUGUGUGCUACGAGAAAGGCAGAGGAGUCAGCAAGAACAAAGAGAAAGCUCUGUAUUACUACGGGCAGGCAGCAGUUGGGGGUCACAGUCAGGCUCAGUACCGCUAUGCAAAGCUGCUCCUGACCAGCAGGGGGCAGCAGAGUUUAGAGGAGCUGAAUACCGCCAUCCACUUACUGGAACUGGCUGCUGCAGCUGGACUCACCAAGGAGACAUUUAGACAUCUCACAGUAGAAAAAGAGCGGGCUCAGGUCUGCCUGGCCUCGGUCUACACUCAGGAGCCGGUGAGAGACGGCAGCAGGUCUGUCCACUACCUGAAGAUGGCAGCAGAGAACGGAGACAACACCGCCCUGCUAUUCCUGGGUCAGUGUUUUGAGAGCGGCUUUGGGGUGCAGCAGAAUCUGAGGACAGCGAUUGAAUAUUACAAACAAGCGGCUCAAGCUGGCAACAAGCAGGCUAAAAGCUUAAUGACGCCUCCCAGUGAUACUUACAGUAAGGCAGAAGAUGCCGUGUUACGCUCCAUCCGUUCAGCUCCAUGUUUCUCUGAAGCCGACCGUCAGCUCAACAAGCGGCUUUCAUCUCUUGCCAGUUGUGUCUCUCUCUCCACCAGUCACCCCGUCACCCUUCCCCUCCUGCCUCACUCAUGGAGCACCGGGAGCCUGUGUGCCCCCCCGCCGCUGUCCUCCACGCCUCGUCACCUCCACCCCAGCACUGAGGGAGGAGCCUGCCAGUGGACUGUAAGGAUAGGAUAGUUUACUGAGCCGGCACAGGUCCAACUGAGGAAUGUAUGUCAUAGCGUGAAUGUGUUUUCACCAGAGGAGAAAGGUCAAAGUGUGUACAUAUUGUGAAGUCUGGAUUAGAGUGAAUAGAUUUUAUACUUGAUCUUAUAUAUGCAUGUGUAGACAUUAUGGUGUUUAAGAUUUGUAUUUUUGUAAGUUUGAAAGAGUUGUUGCAUACAAGGUCCUAUAUGUAGAAUGACAUAUGGAAGUUUAGUUAAUUAUUUGUUUCCAUAAAGAUCUCCUGUGAGUAAGAAAAUGUGGUCUAGGUGCCUUUGGGUGGGUUGAUGAUUUCAGGUGGAUACUUGGAUACUUACUCAUGUUUAAAAAAAAAAAAAAAGAAGAGGAAUGUCAUAAUUGUGUCUGCACAACUGUAUUGCUGGAUUCAAACCUCUGAAACUGUCAAAGUGCUUUGAAUUAGUGUCAUAAUAACCCUCAAUAAAACCAUUACCAUCUUUGUAAAAGAACAACUUUAGAAUUAACAAAGGGAAAAGCUAUGUGAUAGUCCAACCUGUUUACUUUAAACAUGCCAAAGUAAAUUGUGAUGCACUCUCAAGAGGAUGUUGUACUGUCAUGGACACAUGCUUAGUAAAAAUAUCAAAAAAUAAGUUUUA